GACAACAGUAAACCUUCCAAAGCCCGGAAAAUUAGAGACGUUUUCCGUGAUGAUACAAGCGUUAAAAGGUGUUAGACACAUGGCGUCCAGUUCAGUGAAACAAGCCGUUUCAGAUUUAUCUGUGCCAGUUCCAUGGGGAGAGAUCAGAGGUAAAGUCUGGGGUCCUGAUCACGGCCAUCCAGUUCUGUGCCUGCAUGGCUGGGCUGACAACUGUGGCACAUUCAACACCCUCCUUCCCCUUCUACCAAAAGAAUGCAGAUAUGUGGCGAUGGACCUGGCUGGCCACGGCUGCUCAUCACAUCGUCCUGCUGGAGUUAUGUACUCCUUCCCUUCAUACGUUUUGGAUGUACGCAGAGUCGUUGAGGCACUGCAGUGGAGCAAAUUCUCCAUCAUAGGCCACAGCAUGGGUGGUAACUUAGCCGGAAUGUUCAGCGCUCUGUAUCCUGAUAUGGUGGAAGCCGUCGUACUGCUGGACUCCUAUGGAUUUUUACCUACAGAUGUGAAAGAAAUGUCCAAGGUGUUCAGACAGGGCUUGGAUGAGAUGAUUCAGUUUGAAAAAAGGGAUGAAAACAAGAAGAGAAGAGUUUACACUUAUGAGAAGGCUGUUGAGAGGCUGCUGGCUGGAAACUCAAGUCUGUCUGAGCACUCUGCAAAAAUUCUCCUAGAGCGAGGUUUGGUUCAGGUCGAAGGAGGGGUGGAGUUCUCCCGAGACUUUCGGAUUAAUUUGAGAAAUGUAGUACGCAUCACUAUGGAGCAGAGCCUGGAGUUGCAGUCGAAGAUACAAGCCUCUGUUUUAGUUGUUCUAGCAGAAGAUGGUUUUGAGAAAAUGUUUGCUAAGCAAGAUCAGAAGAAACUUACAGAAGACAUUCUUCAGGCCUACAGGGAAAGAAAUCAUUUGGUGGUGACUGUUCCGGGCAAUCAUCACGUCCACUUGAACAAUCCUGAAGUCGUUGCUCCACUUGUGUCAGACUUCCUGCAGAACAAAGUGCUCAACAAAGAUGCUGAUGCUUCGAAAUUAUAGCAAACACACAUAAGCUUCUACUACUACACAGACAUCACCUCAAAAAAAGUAAAGUAACAAGAGUACUUGUGUUAAUGUGUAUAGUUUAUACCUUUUUUUGAUGCAUAAGUCAGUCAUCCAGCUGUCUUACCAUUAAAAUUUACUGUAAGUUACUUCUGAUUGACUCCUAAAUAUAAAGUAUUUUUAAUGGAUAAUGUUAUUUUAAUUUGAAAGGUGGGGACAGUGUAUUUUUCUUUACCUCCAGAAUAUUUGUGGAGUUUCUAAACUAAAAAUGUUUGGUUUUCUGCUGAAUCGUUUACAGCCAGCACAGACUGUGGAAUAUUUUGUAUGUUAAAAUCAAUAUUAAGUAUUAACCCAGUUUAUACUUUACUUUGAGUAAGAUUCUGAUUUGUAAGCAUCAUUUUUUAAUCAGCUUUGCCCAAAUGAGAGCAUAAAAAAACAAUAAAGGAUAAUCAAACAAAG